CAGCCGUACGGCCGCCGGUUAAACCUGUUUGUGACCGGCUGAAUUCCCCCACCUCUUUCCGUGGGCGCCAAUUCUCCCCUCUUUCUCUCUCUAAAUCUCUCUCCCUCUCUUUUAUCGCAGAGGAUAAAAGGGAGAUCAGUUAUGCGGAGGUUCGCCAUUGAUCGAAGAACCAGAGCGACUGCGGUCAACUCUUUGCGUCGCUCUCUCUGUGGAGGUUUCUCUUCCUUUUCUUACUCUCAUCCUUAUUCAUCCUCCGCUAAUUCAGCCAUGGGUGGACCUGCUGCUGCUUCUUCUCCAUCGCCUUCGCCUUCGCCUUCGCCUUCUUCUUCUUCUAUGAAUGGACCUGCUAGUCCUGUAUCGCUGCAGAACAUUAAUCCCAAGGUGUUGAAAUGUGAGUAUGCUGUCCGUGGUCCAAUUGUUACCCAUGCACAGCGACUACAAGAGCAAUUACAAACAGAUCCAUCCUCUCUUCCAUUUGAGGAGAUACUUUACUGCAACAUUGGUAAUCCACAAUCUUUAGCCCAGCAGCCGAUCACUUUCUUCCGUGAGGUUCUCGCUUUAUGUGAUCAUCCCUCAAUCUUGGAUAGACAAGAGACACAUGGCUUGUUCAGUGCCGAUGCCAUAGAUAGAGCCUGGAAAAUUCUGGAACAGAUUCCAGGCAGAGCUACAGGUGCAUAUAGUCACAGCCAGGGUAUCAAAGGUUUACGUGACACAAUUGCAGCUGGAAUUGCUGAACGUGAUGGCUUUCCUGCCAAUUCAGAUGACAUUUUCUUGACCGAUGGAGCAAGCCCUGGGGUCCAUAUGAUGAUGCAGUUGCUUUUGAGGUCCGAGAAGGAUGGCAUCCUUUGUCCCAUUCCUCAAUACCCUUUAUACUCAGCAUCCAUUGCCCUGCAUGGUGGUACUUUGGUACCUUACUAUCUGGAUGAAGCAACUGGGUGGGGAUUAGAGAUUUCAGAGGUCAAGAAACAAUUGGAGGAAGCUAAGUCCAAAGGCAUUACUGUUAGGGCUUUGGUUGUGAUAAAUCCGGGCAAUCCAACCGGGCAGGUUCUCGCAGAGGCUAAUCAACGAGAAAUUGUUGAAUUUUGCCAUAAAGAAGGUCUUGUUCUUCUUGCAGAUGAGGUGUACCAGGAAAAUAUUUAUGUAGAUGAUAAAAAAUUCGAUUCUUUCAAGAAGAUCUCUAGAUCAAUGGGAUAUGGAGAAGAAGACAUUGCUUUGGUGUCUUUUCAGUCAGUUUCUAAAGGGUAUUAUGGGGAAUGUGGAAAGAGAGGAGGCUACAUGGAGGUGACUGGUUUCAGCCGUGAUGUUAAGGAGCAGAUUUACAAGGUGGCCUCUGUAAACUUGUGUUCCAAUAUAUCUGGUCAAAUUCUUGCCAGCCUCGUAAUGAGCCCUCCUAAGCCUGGAGACGAGUCCUUCGAGUCUUUUACGGCAGAGAGAGAUGGUAUUUUGUCUUCUCUUGCAAGGCGUGCCAAGGCACUGGAAAAGGCAUUCAACAGUUUAGAAGGUGUAACCUGCAACAGAGCAGAGGGUGCCAUGUAUCUCUUCCCUCGCCUUCACCUGCCUGCAAAAGCAAUCAAAGCUGCAGAAGCUCUGAAUGUGGCUCCCGAUGCUUAUUAUACUCACCGCCUACUCGACGCUACUGGCAUAGUUGCCGUUCCAGGAUCUGGUUUUGGGCAGGUCCCUGGCACUUGGCAUGUUCGAUACACAAUUCUGCCCCAAGAGGAUAAGAUAGCAGCUGUCGUCUCCAAAUUCACAGCUUUUCAUGAAGCACUCAUAGCCGAGUUUCGUGAUUAAUUAUAUGGGGAGAGUUAUAAUUUGUUAUCCAAUAAAAUCUGCAUCCAUAGUUUUUCCUUUCUAUGGAUGUUUCAAUGUAUUUCUAUCAUGUAACAUUGAGCUCAAAAAAACCAGUUUUAUGUCCAUGAAAAACGAAAAAAGAAAAGCCCUUUUUUUUUCAUGGUAAAGGAUUUUAACAGCAUGUGUUGGGAGCCAGUUUGAGAGAAUUUGCUGUGUGAUGAAUGGGAAGUGUUUCAAUAAGUUAUUCAUUGAACUCACAUUA